CCGCGGUGUAUCAUGGGAAGGGUCUUUUACAGCGGCCACGGUCGCACGUCACACAGCGUCUCACCGCCGCUGCUUCAGCCUACAGGACGCUGGUUAAAAUAGAUCUGUCUCACGAUUUAGCCAAAAAGACAACAACAACAAACGAACAAGAACAAAACACGUCUUCCCGCGUGUUUCUGAUGAAGAUCAGCUUUACUUCUGAGCUCCAGAAAUGACAGGGUAACGUUACCAUCGGCGAGGAAGCUAAUCACAAAGCGGAACGUAAACAGCAGCUCAUCUCAUCGCUACAUUACAGCGUCUUCACAUAAGACAUUGCAGGCGAUUAUCCUCAGUGAGCCAGCCGGCUUUUCACACCUGCUCCGGAUCAGAAGGACGUACCGGAUUCAGUCCUGUCCGUGGUUUAGUAAAUGCUUAUUUAAAAAGUCAACCAUAGGCAGACACCAUGAACUAUGUGGGGCAGCUGGCAGGUCAGGUGCUGGUGACAGUGAAGGAGCUGUACAAGGGCAUUAACCAGGCCACGCUGUCGGGCUGCAUCGACGUGGUGGUGGUGCGGCAGAAGGACGGGACCUACCAGUGCUCUCCUUUUCACGUGCGCUUCGGGAAACUCGGAGUGCUUCGCUCCAAAGAGAAAGUGAUUGACAUAGAAAUAAACGGAGACCCGGUGGAUUUACACAUGAAGCUUGGGGACAAUGGAGAAGCUUUCUUUGUCCAGGAAAUGGAGGUGCAGGAUGAGAUAGUCCCAGCUCACCUGGCCACCUCUCCGAUCCCCACUGAGAGUCACAUGUUCUGGGUUGGGAGCGACAGGGGUACGACUCAGGGUUUAGGCGAUGACCCUCUGGACCUUGAGGAACCCCCCGAGCUCCCGGUACCCAGUACAGGGACUGCCAAAAAGAAAAAGAGGCGGAGAAAGAAGCAUAAAUUAGACCCCCGGCGUGAAGAGAUGACUCCUCCUGCCUCUCUCAAUGCCUCUGCCAAUACAGACGACAUCUUCGAAAUGGAUCUCAGCACUGAUGAAGAAGCCACUCCCAGCACACGAUCAUCUUCAAUUAGCACUUUAAAAGAGGUCGAACCCAGAGUACCAGCAGUUCGUCAUUCUCCAGAGAGCUACCCGUACUCUGAUGGAGACUGGUCACCUGACGACAGUCACAGCAUGUCUGAGGUUUUCUCCCCCAAGAGCGACUCUGAGCUGGUGAUCCGGCCUUCAGAGAGCAUGCUGAAGAUGGAGUCUCACAUGCAGUGGACAUGGGGAGAGUUCCCAGAACCCACAAGGAUGGCCAAAAAGGACAAGAUGGAACUGCCCAAGACUGUGAAAAUAACCCCAUCAGAGAACACUCAUUUCAGGGUGAUCCUAAGUUCCGAGGCCAUGGAGCCCGAGGCUGAUGUGAAAGACAUAAUGGAACCUGCCCCCGUUUGCACUAUUGUAAAGCCCGAACCUCGUACCCCAGCUACCCCCAUCACCCCACUAAUGUCUUCUGACUGUAUCGCCGCUUCCACACCCUCUGAGCCCCAAACAACGGCCCCCAACCCUCAAGGUGGAGCUGUGAUGGAUGUCUGCCCAAAGACAGACUCUCCCUCCAAGAAGAAAGGAGUACCAAAGAGAAGUCAGCACCAAGGGCCCGAGGACAUCUACCUUGAUGAUUUGAACGUGCUUGAGCCUGAUGUGGCUGCACGCUACUUUCCCAAAAGUGACUCCGACUCUAAGCACUGGAUGGACUCAGGGAUGCAUUCAGGCUCUCAGUCUCCUCAGUCUGUGGGCAGCGCCGCGGCUGACAGCGGAACAGAAUGUAUGUCUGACUCGGCCUCUGAUCUGCCCGACGUCACGCUCUCUCUGUGUGGGGGGCUUAGUGAGAAUGCCGAGAUAUCCAAAGAGAAGUUUAUGGAACAUAUCGUCACUUACAACGAAUUUGCUGAAAAUCCAGCCAUUAUAGACAAUCCGAAUUUAGUGGUGAAAAUAGGGAACAGAUACUACAAUUGGACUUUAGCUGCACCGUUGAUUUUAAGCUUGCAGGCUUUCCAGAAGAAUCUACCUAAAGCUACCGAAGAGGCUUGGGUUAAAGAGAGGAUGCCAAAGAAGUCUGGCCGCUGGUGGUUCUGGAGGAAAAGAGCAGAUAGCACUAUCAAGCAGUCCGAGAAUGCAGGAAAACUGGAGAUGAAGGAGGAGCAACUGAAAGAGGGUGAAGCCUCUCUGGAAAAUGAUCCCUGCAAAGUGGAGUCUAGAGAAUCGUCCAGCGAUGAGGAGGGGAAGGAGGUGAGUGCAGCUGCUGCCUCUCUGGAGCGCUCGGCUCAGACCGAACCCCAGCCUCAAACCCAGACUAGCACACUUUCCUACAGGAAGUCCUUGCGCCUCUCUUCGGACCAGAUCGCCAAGCUAAAGCUAAAAGAGGGGCCUAAUGAUGUGACCUUCAGCAUAACCACCCAGUACCAGGGCACAUGCCGCUGUGAGGGCACUAUCUACCUAUGGGACUGGGACGACAAGGUCAUCAUUUCGGAUAUCGAUGGCACCAUUACAAAAUCAGACGUGUUUGGGCAGAUUCUGCCUCAGCUGGGGAAAGACUGGACUCACCAAGGCAUUGCCAAGCUUUACCACUCUGUAGCUGAGAACGGCUAUAAGUUCCUGUAUUGUUCAGCGAGAGCUAUCGGCAUGGCCGACAUGACUCGUGGCUAUCUGCAAUGGGUGAACGAUGGCGGCACUAUUCUGCCCCGCGGACCCCUCAUGCUUUCUCCCAGCAGCCUCUUCUCUGCGUUUCAUAGGGAAGUGAUAGAGAAAAAGCCAGAGAUUUUCAAGAUCGAAUGCCUUACUGAUAUCAAGAACCUGUUCCAGUCUAACAAGCAUCCCUUUUAUGCUGCAUUUGGAAACAGGACCAAUGAUGUUUUUGCCUAUAAGGAAGUCGGAGUGCCUGUUUGCAGGAUCUUCACUGUCAACCCUAAAGGAGAGCUCAUUCAGGAGCAGACCAAAGGAAACAAGACCUCGUACGGCAGGCUGAGUGAGCUGGUGGAGCACGUCUUUCCAUUACUGAGUAAAGAACAGAGCUCAGCGUUCACCUUCCCCGAGUUCAGCUCGUUUUGUUUCUGGAGGCAACCCAUCCCGGCGAUCAACCCAGACGACUUACUCUCAUAGGCUAGACAUGCUCUCAGUCCUUGCCUCUGUUUGCCCUCGUAUAGACUGAAGUAAUAAUCCUCUAAGGCAAUUGGGUAAAGUCCUCGCAAUUCCAAAUGUCCUCACUACCUGUAGCUGCACUCUAUCCAGCUGAGGCAUCGUCUGUCCAAAACAAUUGUAGAAAAUCCAUCCACACAUCCAAAACGGAACGACGCCUCGCUCUCCACUUUAAUCUGAAGUCCACGUUGAACUGUGGGGGUGGAGACGGUGCAAUUUCCCCUCAUUUUCACACACAUCAGGGAUAUUCGAAGCCUGCCUGAGCUGAGUGCUGGAGCCUCUAACAGAUACCCUUAUUUCUAAAUUAACCAUUUAGUGUGUGUGUGUGUGUGUGUGUGUGUGUGUGUGUGUGUGUGUGUGUGUGUGUGUGUGUGUGUGUGUGUGUGUGUGGUACUUAAUAUAGGUGUAUCAUAGCCUUAGUGCUGGUGUGUCUGAUACUGGCAGACAAUAAACCCUCCAGGAGCAGCAGAGGUGUUUAUUUCUGCUGUGGUUGUCCAGCGUAGGCUGGUGUUUACAGUCCUGUGGCCUAAGCACUUACCAGUUAGUGUGUGGGAACAAUGUGUGAUUAGUAGGAAACAAAAUGAGUCAUGUGGCAGAGCAUGUAGGAGCACAGAACUGAUUAACAAAGAUAUUUAUUUACAAGCGCUAAUUUAUUUUGUUCUAGGAUAAUUAACUAUUAUUAAUUAUUAUUAUUAUUAUUAUUACCAACACGCACUGCCUCUAACAUGUGGUGGAAGAAUUCCUGCAUGACUAUGUGUCCGUGAUGAGGAUUGAUCAGAGGCUCUCUUGAAUGCUGAUGCUGCUAUCAAAAGCAAGUCGUGCCGCCGAACUUUCAGCCACGCCCCUUUUAUCCUUUUGCACCGUCUUCAGUCUGAUUCGGUGCAUUUAAGGCUUUUAGUCGUGCUGGAAAAGCCCUGAGCACAGAGCAAGGCUUCCAUCUGUAUUCCAGGUGUUUUCCACUCGUUAACAAUUUCAUUGUCUGGCUGCUUUCGAAUGCCUCACUGAUCGCACUUUCAGCAGCAGCAGCAGCCAAGAGAGCAGCACGGAUCAGCUUGCAGUUAAUGAAGGGAUCGUCUUAUCGUCGGAAGCUUAUUCAGCAGCCUUUUGCAUAGAAGGUUUAAAAGCCUUUUUUUUUUCUUUUCAUGAGGUGAAAACAAGAUUUGAGUGUUUUUACACUACACUCAACCUUACUUAAUGUGUGUAAUCAAAGAAAUAGAUCUGAAAUGCUAUAGGCUUUUGAUUUCCCAAGAGGAUUAGCUUUAGCAUCAGUUGAUAUACCUAUUUUUUUUUUUGAAUAUAGGUAAAUAUUGUUUUUUUUCUGCUCUAGCACUGUAAUGCACCAAUUUCAGUGUUUGUUUUUUUUUGAAGAGACUGAUCGCAGCUGUUGUGCAGAAGGAGUGUCCCUUAUUAUUUUCCUGGACAUCUUCCAACUGAUGAUUCUCUGUGGCCAAGGGAAGGAGCGCAUCCUUGUCAUGAAUAGUUAAUUAUCAAAAGCUGGUCCGUGACUCCGUGUAAACCAAACGGUGUAUGCACUUUUUUGUUUGUUUGUUUCUAGUUUCUUCUUUUAAAAGUAGACGUAGAGCACUGCGUGUUAGGUAGCAUGCACACCGACUCGGAGCACAAUAGCAAGUAUUAUAGUUACAAUAGGAUAUUUGUAUGUGGUAACCGUUGUUUGUUUGGUGAGGGGGAAAAUAAAAGGGAAUUCCAUGGUUGUUUGAUUUGUUUAUGCACAAAUGUAUUAUCACAUUUGUUCUUGUUUUUGUUUUUGUUUUUUUUUGUCUGUAUGAAGUGUAGAAGUGAAACGUCUGUUAAUGAUUAACAAAGCGAUCCCAUUCUUUCUAUGAAAGUAAUACUACUUGUGUGGGAUGGACACACUCAUGUAUUGUUAAAAAAAAAAUUGACAAAAAAAAAAAAUGUUACCUCAAAGCAGAUCGUUUAUCGUUCAUUACUCGUUUGCUUUCACGCUCAUAAUUUUAUAAGCUUUUAUUUGUCGACGUACGCUCUUUAUGGAACAAAAAACAAAAAAAAAACAACCGUAUCUUCGAUUGUAUUGUUUUCAGUGUACAAAUUAAACAUUACUGCAUCUGACCACUCUAGAUACCUUUACAUGUAUACUUACUGUAUGGAUUUAUGGAGUUAUCAUUUCGGAAAAUGACACGAAAAUCUAUUAAAAUGCAAUUGUUACAAACGUC